UUCUCCACCGUCGAAGAGCACCACAAGAAACUUUUCCACCACCACGCUCUGUCACUCGCACUCCCUCCAUCCCUCUCGUUUUCGGUCGCUGCUCGUUUUAGCUCGUCAGCGCGUUGCGGCUUCUACCUCUUCUUCUCGUCGACGUCGGUUCAGAGAUGGCAAGCUUUCUGUGAAGGAAAUCCAGCCUGCUGAUUCUGAUCAAAUCUAUUCUCAGGCAGCAAAUCCUUGAGAAUUUGAUUGGUUUGUGAAGGGUGUGAUAUUGAAUUAUACAGCCUUCAUCUUGAGUAGGAGCAGUUAAAAAAAAAAAUGGAAGAAGAUAACUUGCAGCGGCAAUGGUCCCUCAAAGACUUCGAGAUCGGAAAACCUCUUGGCAGAGGAAAAUUUGGCAGAGUCUACGUUGCGAGAGAAGUCAAGAGCAAAUAUGUAGUUGCAUUGAAGAUUAUAUUCAAGGAACAAAUUGAGAAGUACAGACUUCACCAUCAGCUAGGGAGGGAGAUGGAAAUACAAUCCAACCUUCACCACCCGAACAUCCUACGACUAUACGGCUGGUUUCAUGAUCCAGAGCGUGUUUUCUUGAUUCUUGAAUAUGCUCAUAAUGGUGAGCUCUACAAGGAGCUUAGAAAAAGAGGCCACCUCACUGAGAUGCAAGCAGCCACGUAUAUUUUGAGUCUCACAGAGGCAUUGGCAUAUUGUCAUGAGAAGCAUGUUAUUCAUAGGGAUAUCAAGCCAGAAAAUUUGUUGCUUGACCAUGAGGGUCGUCUUAAAAUUGCAGAUUUUGGUUGGUCUGUACAAUCUAGGGGCAAGAGACACACUAUGUGCGGAACAUUAGACUACUUAGCUCCCGAAAUGGUAGAAAACAAAGCUCAUGAUUAUGCAGUCGAUAACUGGACUCUGGGUAUCCUUUGUUAUGAGUUCCUCUAUGGCGUUCCUCCAUUUGAGGCCGAGAGUCAAGCUGAUACCUUCAAAAGGAUCAUGAAGGUUGACCUAUCCUUCCCUGCUACGCCAAUUGUUUCUUUAGAAGCAAAAAAUCUGAUUAGUCGGCUCUUGGUGAAAGACUCCUCAAGAAGGCUCUCGCUUCAGAAAAUAAUGGAGCAUCCAUGGAUAAUCAAGAAUGCAAAUCCCAUGGGUAGCUGCACCUAGCGUCAAUUUUAGCCAUUCACGUUGAAGUUUAGCUGUGUCCUUGAGGAUAAAGGCUGUAUUGUACAUCAAGUACUGUAGUAGUAUGUAUGAAAAUUUAUGAUAUUGUUGGAGUUCAAACUAUACUACCAACUUGAACAACAUUAAUCACUUCCAGUGGUUUUAGGAUUUCAGCUAGGUAGUUGAAAUUGUGUGUACAGAAUGUACAUGAGACUGAGUUCCAUCUAUAGGAGUUCA